GUGAUUCAGUACUGUGAUGGCGGAGCAACGCGACCAACGCCAGCAACAAGAAGGUCCGAUGGCUGACCUACGUGCACAGUUUGGCCCACAGUACGGCCAGCAAGAGCAACCGCGUUGUCGUCAGGUGGUGAAGGCAGCGACUGCUGUCACCGCGGGAGGAUCAUUUUUGGUGUUAUCGGGUCUAACACUGGCGGCAACUGUGAUAGGACUGACGGUGGCGACGCCAGUGCUGGUGAUAUUCAGCCCAGUACUUGUGCCGGCGGUGAUAACGGUGGGGUUGCUGAUGGCCGGGUUCUUGACUUCGGGUGCGUUAGGGGCGGCUGCGGUGACGGUGUUGUCAUGGAUAUACAGGUAUGUGACAGGGAAGCAUCCACUUGGUGCGGAACAGUUGGACCAGGCAAGCUAUAAGCUGUCAGGCAAGGCUAGGGACAUGAGGGAUCGGGCUGAGCAGCAGUUCGGGCAGCAACAGCAGCACUUCAGGAGUGGUGUUCAAGCUUCUUAAGCUCUCUG